CGCUCGUUGAGACGACGACGACGAGAGGGAGGCCCAGCACUCCAGCAGCCAGCACAGUAGCUCUCUUCCAGUUCCCGAUUGAAGCCUCGACCACCAUUCCCCGGCUCUGCCUAUCGCUCCCCACGGCGGACGGCGCGCACGCAGCCUGCAGCCUGCUGAGAAGUGAGAUCCAUCCCGGCAAGGGCGCCGCCCAGCAUGGCUGAGACGCUGCUCCUCCCCGUGGUGCGCGGCGUGCUCGGCAAGGCCGCCGACGCGCUCGUCCAGAAGGUCACCGCCAUGUGGGGCGUCGACGACGACCGCCGCGACCUGGAGCUCAAGCUGCUGUACGUGCAGUCCCUGCUGGCCGACGCCGAGGCGAAGGCGGAGGCGGAGACCGAGGCCGGCCGCGCCGUCAAGGGGUGGAUGAGGGAGCUCAGGGCCGCCGCGUACCAGGCCGACGACGUCCUCGAUGACUUCCAGUACGAGGCGCUGCGUCGGGAGGCCCAGAGCCUUCGAUCUACCACCAGCAAGGUACUGGAUUUCUUCAGCUCAAGGAAUCGACUUGUGUUCCGUGAUAAGGCGAGCAGGGACCUCAAGAACGUGCUGGGCAAGAUCGACAAGCUGGUGAAGGACAUGCAGAAAUUUGUCCUGCUUCAGCGCGAGCCAGAGGCGCCACAACCUCUGAAUCGGCAGACGCACUCUGCACUCGACGAGUCUGCGGAAAUCUUUGGAAGAGAUGACGACAAGGCGGUGGUGGUGAAGCUGUUACUCGACCAGCAAGAUCAGCGCAGUGUGCAGGUGUUGCCCAUCAUUGGAAUGGGAGGUUUGGGUAAGACCACACUAGCAAAGAUGGUGUACAAUGACCGCAAAGUUCAGGAGCACUUUGAGUUCAGGAUGUGGCACUGUGUGUCUGAAAACUUUGAAGCCACUGCUGUUGUGAAGUCCGUUAUCGAGUUAGCUACAAAUGGAAGAUGUGAUCUGCCAGACACCAUGGAGCUGCUUCGACAGAGACUGCAGGAAGUCAUUGGUAGAAAAAGGUUCCUAUUGAUUCUUGAUGAUGUGUGGAAUGAAGACCAGCUCAAGUGGGAUGACGACCUGAAGCCACUACUAUGUUCUUCUAUUGGUGGACUGGGAAGCAUGAUAGUUGUCACGAGUCGAAUCCCAAAAGUUGCCUCUAUCAUGGGCACCCUUCCAACCCAUGAGCUUGCAUGCCUGAGUGAGGAGGAUUCAUGGGAGUUGUUCUCAAAGAAAGCAUUUUGUAAAGGAGUGGAAGAGCAAGAAGAGUUCAUAACAGUCGGCAAACUUAUUGUCAACAAGUGCAAGGGGCUACCUCUUGCUUUGAAGACAAUGGGUGGAUUGAUGAGCUCAAAAUAUCAAAUCAAGGAAUGGGAGGCCAUUGCAGAAAGCAAUAGGGGUGGCAACAUUGAAAUACUGUCCAUUCUAAAACUGAGCUACAUGCACUUGUCGUCUGAAAUGAAGCAGUGCUUUGCGUUCUGUGCGGUUUUCCCUAAGGACUACGAGAUGGAUAAGGAAAAGUUGAUCCAACUAUGGAUGGCAAACAAUUUUAUUCAAGCAGAGGGAGAUAUAGAUUUGGUGCAAAAAGGUGAAUUUGUUUUCUAUGAGUUGGUGUGGAGGUCAUUUAUUCAAGAUGUAAAUGUCAAGGUAUUUGAUGGAUAUGGUCCUUUCCGUCGAUGCAAGGAAAUUGGAUGUAAAAUGCAUGAUUUAAUGCAUGACCUAGCAAAAGAUAUCACAGAUGAGUGUGCUUUUGCAGAAGAGUUGAUUCAGCAGAAAGCCUCCGUAAAUAAUGUACGUCACAUGCAGCUGCCAUGGGAUGAAUCGGAUGAAAUCACUGGAUUAAUGAAAGCCUCGCUAUCUCUCCGAACUUUAUUAGCUCAAAACCCAAAGUGCAAGGAUGUUAAGGAGUUAAAACUGAAAUCAGUACGAGCGAUCCAUUGCCCAGAUGCAUAUGUUAUCCACAGGCUCAUAAAUACAACACAUUUAAGAUAUCUUGAUAUUUCUGGAUCAGAAAUUGUUGAACUGCCGAAUUCAUUUUGUAUGCUGUACAACUUGCAAUCAUUGUGGCUCAAUCUUUGUACAAAACUAAAAUUUUUACCGGAAGGCAUGCAAACUAUGAGGCAGCUCACCCAUAUUUAUCUGUUGGGAUGCAUUAGAUUGGAGAGGAUGCCUCCAAAGCUUAGUCUACUACACAACCUCUGUACACUGACAUCAUUUAUUGUGGACACUGGAGAUGGCUUUGGUAUCGAGGAGCUCCAAGGCCUGAGACAACUUGGAAACAUGUUGGAACUGUUCAAUUUGAGGAAAGUAAAGAGUGGAUCAAAGGCCAAUCUCCAUGAGAAAAAGAAUCUAACUGGGCUGUUUUUGCAUUGGGGACGUGAAGUAGGUUACAAUCCAUUGCAUGAUGAGGUUGUAAGUAAUAAUCAGGAAGAGGUACUGGAAUCGCUUGUACCUUAUACUAAGCUCAAAACAUUGGAGCUACAUGGGUAUGGUGGCCUGGCAAUCUCACAAUGGAUGAGAGACCCCCAAAUGUUUUGUUGUCUAAGAGAACUACGGAUUUCCGACUGCCCACGCUGCAAGGAUCUACCAUUAGUGUGGUUGUUGUCCCCUCUUGAGAAAUUGCACUUAAGCUCCAUGAACAGCCUGACCACAUUAUGUAAGAACAUUGAUGCGGAAGCUGCAGGAUAUAGUACCUCUCAGGAAAUUUUCCCCAAGUUAAAGAUGAUGCGGUUGCAUAAACUGCCGGAGUUUGAGAGAUGGGCAGAAAACAGCGCGGGAGAACCUAAUAGCUUGGUGAUGUUUCCCCAGCUAGAAGAGCUGUCCAUCACCAAUUGCAACAAAAUUGUAAAUCUUCCGGAGGCCCCAGCUCUCACUUCUGCAUCUUUUGAGGAGAAGUCUGCAGAUUGUAUUGUUCCUAUGAGCAUGGAGUGGGGAUCUUUUCCAUCUCUUAUCCACUUGACGUUUGGGAGGCUGGUAAACGUGGUGAUGCCUGUGAAGGACCAUCAAAACCAAAGCCAAAGACCUCUACGCACCCUUAGACGUUUGGCUGUACAAGGUAACAAUGGCUUCAUAUCAAUGUUCAACUCAUCCAAAUUACAACUGGGGCUUGGGGAUUGUUUGGCAUUCGUGGAACAUUUGGAAAUCUUUUCAUGCGACAAUAUUGUCCGCUGGCCAGUGGAGGAGUUCCGAUGUUUUGUUCGCCUUCAAUCUCUAGAGAUUCAUUGGUGCAGCAAACUAGAGGGGAAGGGAUCAUCCUCUGAGGAAUUCCUUCCGCUGCCCCGGUUGGAAAUGUUACAAAUACGAUCCUGCCGUAGCUUGUUGGAGAUUCCAAAGUUGCCCGCUUUACUUGAGAAAUUGGACAUUCGCCGGUGCGUUAGUUUGGUGGCGCUGCCUUCAAACCUUGGAGAUCUGGCAAAGCUGAGGCAUCUCGGGUUGGUGUCGUGCUCUGAGCUGAAAGUGCUGCCGGGCGGGAUGGACGGCCUCACUUCUCUUGAGGAAUUGGAUAUUUUCUAUUGCGGAAGUUUGGUGGCGCUGCCUUCAAACCUUGGAGAUCUGGCAAAGCUGAGGCAUCUCGGGUUGGUGUCGUGCUCUGAGCUGAAAGUGCUGCCGGGCGGGAUGGACGGCCUCACUUCUCUUGAGGAAUUGGAGAUCUAUAAUUGUCCAGGGAUAAGUAAAUUCCCGCAGGGUCUCCUCCAGCGGCUCCCAGCCCUCAAAUCCCUGAAAAUAUAUGGCUGCCCGGACCUGCAGAGACGUUGCAGGGAAGGUGGGGAGUACUUCGACUUGGUCUUCUCGAUUCCAGAUAAAAGGAUUCCACAACCAGAUGAACCUGAAACAAAGAAGUCUACGAAGAGCAGGUUGCUCCCCUGGUGCGUCGGUGGCUCUUCAAGUAUGAGAUCCAUCCCGGCAAGGGCGCCGCCCAGCAUGGCUGAGACGCUGCUCCUCCCCGUGGUGCGCGGCGUGCUCGGCAAGGCCGCCGACGCGCUCGUCCAGAAGGUCACCGCCAUGUGGGGCGUCGACGACGACCGCCGCGACCUGGAGCUCAAGCUGCUGUACGUGCAGUCCCUGCUGGCCGACGCCGAGGCGAAGGCGGAGGCGGAGACCGAGGCCGGCCGCGCCGUCAAGGGGUGGAUGAGGGAGCUCAGGGCCGCCGCGUACCAGGCCGACGACGUCCUCGAUGACUUCCAGUACGAGGCGCUGCGUCGGGAGGCCCAGAGCCUUCGAUCUACCACCAGCAAGGUACUGGAUUUCUUCAGCUCAAGGAAUCGACUUGUGUUCCGUGAUAAGGCGAGCAGGGACCUCAAGAACGUGCUGGGCAAGAUCGACAAGCUGGUGAAGGACAUGCAGAAAUUUGUCCUGCUUCAGCGCGAGCCAGAGGCGCCACAACCUCUGAAUCGGCAGACGCACUCUGCACUCGACGAGUCUGCGGAAAUCUUUGGAAGAGAUGACGACAAGGCGGUGGUGGUGAAGCUGUUACUCGACCAGCAAGAUCAGCGCAGUGUGCAGGUGUUGCCCAUCAUUGGAAUGGGAGGUUUGGGUAAGACCACACUAGCAAAGAUGGUGUACAAUGACCGCAAAGUUCAGGAGCACUUUGAGUUCAGGAUGUGGCACUGUGUGUCUGAAAACUUUGAAGCCACUGCUGUUGUGAAGUCCGUUAUCGAGUUAGCUACAAAUGGAAGAUGUGAUCUGCCAGACACCAUGGAGCUGCUUCGACAGAGACUGCAGGAAGUCAUUGGUAGAAAAAGGUUCCUAUUGAUUCUUGAUGAUGUGUGGAAUGAAGACCAGCUCAAGUGGGAUGACGACCUGAAGCCACUACUAUGUUCUUCUAUUGGUGGACUGGGAAGCAUGAUAGUUGUCACGAGUCGAAUCCCAAAAGUUGCCUCUAUCAUGGGCACCCUUCCAACCCAUGAGCUUGCAUGCCUGAGUGAGGAGGAUUCAUGGGAGUUGUUCUCAAAGAAAGCAUUUUGUAAAGGAGUGGAAGAGCAAGAAGAGUUCAUAACAGUCGGCAAACUUAUUGUCAACAAGUGCAAGGGGCUACCUCUUGCUUUGAAGACAAUGGGUGGAUUGAUGAGCUCAAAAUAUCAAAUCAAGGAAUGGGAGGCCAUUGCAGAAAGCAAUAGGGGUGGCAACAUUGAAAUACUGUCCAUUCUAAAACUGAGCUACAUGCACUUGUCGUCUGAAAUGAAGCAGUGCUUUGCGUUCUGUGCGGUUUUCCCUAAGGACUACGAGAUGGAUAAGGAAAAGUUGAUCCAACUAUGGAUGGCAAACAAUUUUAUUCAAGCAGAGGGAGAUAUAGAUUUGGUGCAAAAAGGUGAAUUUGUUUUCUAUGAGUUGGUGUGGAGGUCAUUUAUUCAAGAUGUAAAUGUCAAGGUAUUUGAUGGAUAUGGUCCUUUCCGUCGAUGCAAGGAAAUUGGAUGUAAAAUGCAUGAUUUAAUGCAUGACCUAGCAAAAGAUAUCACAGAUGAGUGUGCUUUUGCAGAAGAGUUGAUUCAGCAGAAAGCCUCCGUAAAUAAUGUACGUCACAUGCAGCUGCCAUGGGAUGAAUCGGAUGAAAUCACUGGAUUAAUGAAAGCCUCGCUAUCUCUCCGAACUUUAUUAGCUCAAAACCCAAAGUGCAAGGAUGUUAAGGAGUUAAAACUGAAAUCAGUACGAGCGAUCCAUUGCCCAGAUGCAUAUGUUAUCCACAGGCUCAUAAAUACAACACAUUUAAGAUAUCUUGAUAUUUCUGGAUCAGAAAUUGUUGAACUGCCGAAUUCAUUUUGUAUGCUGUACAACUUGCAAUCAUUGUGGCUCAAUCUUUGUACAAAACUAAAAUUUUUACCGGAAGGCAUGCAAACUAUGAGGCAGCUCACCCAUAUUUAUCUGUUGGGAUGCAUUAGAUUGGAGAGGAUGCCUCCAAAGCUUAGUCUACUACACAACCUCUGUACACUGACAUCAUUUAUUGUGGACACUGGAGAUGGCUUUGGUAUCGAGGAGCUCCAAGGCCUGAGACAACUUGGAAACAUGUUGGAACUGUUCAAUUUGAGGAAAGUAAAGAGUGGAUCAAAGGCCAAUCUCCAUGAGAAAAAGAAUCUAACUGGGCUGUUUUUGCAUUGGGGACGUGAAGUAGGUUACAAUCCAUUGCAUGAUGAGGUUGUAAGUAAUAAUCAGGAAGAGGUACUGGAAUCGCUUGUACCUUAUACUAAGCUCAAAACAUUGGAGCUACAUGGGUAUGGUGGCCUGGCAAUCUCACAAUGGAUGAGAGACCCCCAAAUGUUUUGUUGUCUAAGAGAACUACGGAUUUCCGACUGCCCACGCUGCAAGGAUCUACCAUUAGUGUGGUUGUUGUCCCCUCUUGAGAAAUUGCACUUAAGCUCCAUGAACAGCCUGACCACAUUAUGUAAGAACAUUGAUGCGGAAGCUGCAGGAUAUAGUACCUCUCAGGAAAUUUUCCCCAAGUUAAAGAUGAUGCGGUUGCAUAAACUGCCGGAGUUUGAGAGAUGGGCAGAAAACAGCGCGGGAGAACCUAAUAGCUUGGUGAUGUUUCCCCAGCUAGAAGAGCUGUCCAUCACCAAUUGCAACAAAAUUGUAAAUCUUCCGGAGGCCCCAGCUCUCACUUCUGCAUCUUUUGAGGAGAAGUCUGCAGAUUGUAUUGUUCCUAUGAGCAUGGAGUGGGGAUCUUUUCCAUCUCUUAUCCACUUGACGUUUGGGAGGCUGGUAAACGUGGUGAUGCCUGUGAAGGACCAUCAAAACCAAAGCCAAAGACCUCUACGCACCCUUAGACGUUUGGCUGUACAAGGUAACAAUGGCUUCAUAUCAAUGUUCAACUCAUCCAAAUUACAACUGGGGCUUGGGGAUUGUUUGGCAUUCGUGGAACAUUCGGAAAUCUUUUCAUGCGACAAUAUUGUCCGCUGGCCAGUGGAGGAGUUCCGAUGUUUUGUUCGCCUUCAAUCUCUAGAGAUUCAUUGGUGCAGCAAACUAGAGGGGAAGGGAUCAUCCUCUGAGGAAUUCCUUCCGCUGCCCCGGUUGGAAAUGUUACAAAUACGAUCCUGCCGUAGCUUGUUGGAGAUUCCAAAGUUGCCCGCUUUACUUGAGAAAAUGGACAUUCGCCGGUGCGUUAGUUUGGUGGCGCUGCCUUCAAACCUUGGAGAUCUGGCAAAGCUGAGGCAUCUCGGGUUGGUGUCGUGCUCUGAGCUGAAAGUGCUGCCGGGCGGGAUGGACGGCCUCACUUCUCUUGAGGAAUUGGAUAUUUUCUAUUGCGGAAGUUUGGUGGCGCUGCCUUCAAACCUUGGAGAUCUGGCAAAGCUGAGGCAUCUCGGGUUGGUGUCGUGCUCUGAGCUGAAAGUGCUGCCGGGCGGGAUGGACGGCCUCACUUCUCUUGAGGAAUUGGAGAUCUAUAAUUGUCCAGGGAUAAGUAAAUUCCCGCAGGGUCUCCUCCAGCGGCUCCCAGCCCUCAAAUCCCUGAAAAUAUAUGGCUGCCCGGACCUGCAGAGACGUUGCAGGGAAGGUGGGGAGUACUUCGACUUGGUCUUCUCGAUUCCAGAUAAAAGGAUUCCACAACCAGAUGAACCUGAAACAAAGAAGUCUACGAAGAGCAGGUUGCUCCCCUGGUGCGUCGGUGGCUCUUCAAGUAUGAGAUCCAUCCCGGCAAGGGCGCCGCCCAGCAUGGCUGAGACGCUGCUCCUCCCCGUGGUGCGCGGCGUGCUCGGCAAGGCCGCCGACGCGCUCGUCCAGAAGGUCACCGCCAUGUGGGGCGUCGACGACGACCGCCGCGACCUGGAGCUCAAGCUGCUGUACGUGCAGUCCCUGCUGGCCGACGCCGAGGCGAAGGCGGAGGCGGAGACCGAGGCCGGCCGCGCCGUCAAGGGGUGGAUGAGGGAGCUCAGGGCCGCCGCGUACCAGGCCGACGACGUCCUCGAUGACUUCCAGUACGAGGCGCUGCGUCGGGAGGCCCAGAGCCUUCGAUCUACCACCAGCAAGGUACUGGAUUUCUUCAGCUCAAGGAAUCGACUUGUGUUCCGUGAUAAGGCGAGCAGGGACCUCAAGAACGUGCUGGGCAAGAUCGACAAGCUGGUGAAGGACAUGCAGAAAUUUGUCCUGCUUCAGCGCGAGCCAGAGGCGCCACAACCUCUGAAUCGGCAGACGCACUCUGCACUCGACGAGUCUGCGGAAAUCUUUGGAAGAGAUGACGACAAGGCGGUGGUGGUGAAGCUGUUACUCGACCAGCAAGAUCAGCGCAGUGUGCAGGUGUUGCCCAUCAUUGGAAUGGGAGGUUUGGGUAAGACCACACUAGCAAAGAUGGUGUACAAUGACCGCAAAGUUCAGGAGCACUUUGAGUUCAGGAUGUGGCACUGUGUGUCUGAAAACUUUGAAGCCACUGCUGUUGUGAAGUCCGUUAUCGAGUUAGCUACAAAUGGAAGAUGUGAUCUGCCAGACACCAUGGAGCUGCUUCGACAGAGACUGCAGGAAGUCAUUGGUAGAAAAAGGUUCCUAUUGAUUCUUGAUGAUGUGUGGAAUGAAGACCAGCUCAAGUGGGAUGACGACCUGAAGCCACUACUAUGUUCUUCUAUUGGUGGACUGGGAAGCAUGAUAGUUGUCACGAGUCGAAUCCCAAAAGUUGCCUCUAUCAUGGGCACCCUUCCAACCCAUGAGCUUGCAUGCCUGAGUGAGGAGGAUUCAUGGGAGUUGUUCUCAAAGAAAGCAUUUUGUAAAGGAGUGGAAGAGCAAGAAGAGUUCAUAACAGUCGGCAAACUUAUUGUCAACAAGUGCAAGGGGCUACCUCUUGCUUUGAAGACAAUGGGUGGAUUGAUGAGCUCAAAAUAUCAAAUCAAGGAAUGGGAGGCCAUUGCAGAAAGCAAUAGGGGUGGCAACAUUGAAAUACUGUCCAUUCUAAAACUGAGCUACAUGCACUUGUCGUCUGAAAUGAAGCAGUGCUUUGCGUUCUGUGCGGUUUUCCCUAAGGACUACGAGAUGGAUAAGGAAAAGUUGAUCCAACUAUGGAUGGCAAACAAUUUUAUUCAAGCAGAGGGAGAUAUAGAUUUGGUGCAAAAAGGUGAAUUUGUUUUCUAUGAGUUGGUGUGGAGGUCAUUUAUUCAAGAUGUAAAUGUCAAGGUAUUUGAUGGAUAUGGUCCUUUCCGUCGAUGCAAGGAAAUUGGAUGUAAAAUGCAUGAUUUAAUGCAUGACCUAGCAAAAGAUAUCACAGAUGAGUGUGCUUUUGCAGAAGAGUUGAUUCAGCAGAAAGCCUCCGUAAAUAAUGUACGUCACAUGCAGCUGCCAUGGGAUGAAUCGGAUGAAAUCACUGGAUUAAUGAAAGCCUCGCUAUCUCUCCGAACUUUAUUAGCUCAAAACCCAAAGUGCAAGGAUGUUAAGGAGUUAAAACUGAAAUCAGUACGAGCGAUCCAUUGCCCAGAUGCAUAUGUUAUCCACAGGCUCAUAAAUACAACACAUUUAAGAUAUCUUGAUAUUUCUGGAUCAGAAAUUGUUGAACUGCCGAAUUCAUUUUGUAUGCUGUACAACUUGCAAUCAUUGUGGCUCAAUCUUUGUACAAAACUAAAAUUUUUACCGGAAGGCAUGCAAACUAUGAGGCAGCUCACCCAUAUUUAUCUGUUGGGAUGCAUUAGAUUGGAGAGGAUGCCUCCAAAGCUUAGUCUACUACACAACCUCUGUACACUGACAUCAUUUAUUGUGGACACUGGAGAUGGCUUUGGUAUCGAGGAGCUCCAAGGCCUGAGACAACUUGGAAACAUGUUGGAACUGUUCAAUUUGAGGAAAGUAAAGAGUGGAUCAAAGGCCAAUCUCCAUGAGAAAAAGAAUCUAACUGGGCUGUUUUUGCAUUGGGGACGUGAAGUAGGUUACAAUCCAUUGCAUGAUGAGGUUGUAAGUAAUAAUCAGGAAGAGGUACUGGAAUCGCUUGUACCUUAUACUAAGCUCAAAACAUUGGAGCUACAUGGGUAUGGUGGCCUGGCAAUCUCACAAUGGAUGAGAGACCCCCAAAUGUUUUGUUGUCUAAGAGAACUACGGAUUUCCGACUGCCCACGCUGCAAGGAUCUACCAUUAGUGUGGUUGUUGUCCCCUCUUGAGAAAUUGCACUUAAGCUCCAUGAACAGCCUGACCACAUUAUGUAAGAACAUUGAUGCGGAAGCUGCAGGAUAUAGUACCUCUCAGGAAAUUUUCCCCAAGUUAAAGAUGAUGCGGUUGCAUAAACUGCCGGAGUUUGAGAGAUGGGCAGAAAACAGCGCGGGAGAACCUAAUAGCUUGGUGAUGUUUCCCCAGCUAGAAGAGCUGUCCAUCACCAAUUGCAACAAAAUUGUAAAUCUUCCGGAGGCCCCAGCUCUCACUUCUGCAUCUUUUGAGGAGAAGUCUGCAGAUUGUAUUGUUCCUAUGAGCAUGGAGUGGGGAUCUUUUCCAUCUCUUAUCCACUUGACGUUUGGGAGGCUGGUAAACGUGGUGAUGCCUGUGAAGGACCAUCAAAACCAAAGCCAAAGACCUCUACGCACCCUUAGACGUUUGGCUGUACAAGGUAACAAUGGCUUCAUAUCAAUGUUCAACUCAUCCAAAUUACAACUGGGGCUUGGGGAUUGUUUGGCAUUCGUGGAACAUUUGGAAAUCUUUUCAUGCGACAAUAUUGUCCGCUGGCCAGUGGAGGAGUUCCGAUGUUUUGUUCGCCUUCAAUCUCUAGAGAUUCAUUGGUGCAGCAAACUAGAGGGGAAGGGAUCAUCCUCUGAGGAAUUCCUUCCGCUGCCCCGGUUGGAAAUGUUACAAAUACGAUCCUGCCGUAGCUUGUUGGAGAUUCCAAAGUUGCCCGCUUUACUUGAGAAAAUGGACAUUCGCCGGUGCGUUAGUUUGGUGGCGCUGCCUUCAAACCUUGGAGAUCUGGCAAAGCUGAGGCAUCUCGGGUUGGUGUCGUGCUCUGAGCUGAAAGUGCUGCCGGGCGGGAUGGACGGCCUCACUUCUCUUGAGGAAUUGGAUAUUUUCUAUUGCGGAAGUUUGGUGGCGCUGCCUUCAAACCUUGGAGAUCUGGCAAAGCUGAGGCGUCUCUGGUUGGACGGCUGCUCUGAGCUGAAAGCUUUGCCAGACGGGAUGGACGGCCUCACUUCUCUUGAGGAAUUGAUGAUCGAGGAUUGUCCAGGGAUAAAUAAAUUCCCGCAGGGUCUCCUCCAGCGGCUCCCAGCCCUCAAAUUCCUGAUAAUAUAUGGCUGCCCGGACCUGCAGAGACGUUGCAGGGAAGGUGGGGAGUACUUCGACUUGGUCUUCUCGAUUCCAGAUAAAAGGAUUCCACCACCAGAUGAACCUGAAACAAAGAAGUCUACGAAGAGCAGGUUGCUCCCCUGGUGCGUCGGUAGCUCUUCAAGUAGCUGAGUUGCUUCAGAAGCUGAGAUUUUGAGUUGAGUGCGAUGGGAAGAAGUGCCCCAAAUUACCCACUCCUUGGCUCAUUGAAUUGCUGCCGACGCCUCAUACUUUUGGAUAGCAAUGUACCCUUUGUCAACACAAACUUAUAUAUGAAAGCAAAGCAAUCAUUGUCGCUUCCUUCCAGACUCUUCAGAAACUGGACCUGACUCGCUGAUUUGUAUAAAGGGUUUAUACAGAGGGGUGCUGAUGAUUCGUACGCAGCCGACCGCAUAUAUCCUUCUGGGGCUCUGCAACAUGAUGCGCCAUUGCGCCCCCUCAUUUUGCUUCGUGAGCAUCAGUGGUUAUUAUUAGAUGUUUGGUUUUGUUUGCUGUAUUACAGUAUACUAAGCUCGUAAAUCAAGUUGCUUGCUUCUCUGUAUCCUCGUCAUUCUUCACCCCCCUUCCCUUAUGAUGAAAAGCGCAUCAUCGUCAGCACAUUAUUCCCCUCAACACUGGCAAUCGCACAGCCUUCCAUCUCAGUUCUCAGAACCAAGAAGCGAUGCCUGCAACUGGCACUUGGGUUCGCAUUCCUCCCGGCAUUCGAGCUCCGACUGGUAGCACACCGACAUCGGCGGCUGCUGGCACACCUCCUCGGUGCAGAACACCAGGUGGAGCUUGCUCUCCUCUGCUGACGUCGAGUUGCUGCCUGCGGCCUCCAUCAGUGGCUGACGACGACCUAUCAAGAAAGAUCGCAAAGAAACUUUGUCGACAUUGCCACCACGUUUGGCUUUCUUUUCCCUGUGGGGACUCGAUCGAAUUACAGUAAACACUUA